UUGCGGCGAACUAAGACGGUAGAGUCGCCUUCCUCCUUACCAAAAGCAAGAGCUUCUUCAGUUUUCAGAUUCACAUCAUCAGCUGAUGAUGGAGCGAACGUGUCUUCACGGUGCUUCCUCCAUCUUCCGUCUUCUUCUUCGUGCUCCAGCUGCCAUCUCCAGCCAUUCAUCAUCCCAUUCCCUUCUCUACCUCCCUUUCUCGGCUCGCCCUCGUCGGUGGUUUUGCUCGAUGCCCACUUCUAAUUUAGACGACCCGAACCAGUUCUUGUGUUACGUGAGGACAAAUUGCAGAGCUGGUGGUGGUGGUGGUGGUGGUGGUGGGUUCACGAGGGUCGGCGACGCCUUGUGCUGCUUCGGUAAAAUGAUGAAGAUGUACCCUUUGCCUUCUUCCGGGGAUUUUAGUCCACUGUUGGGUGCUAUAGCGAGGAUGAAGCAUUACUCGACUGCGACCCGGUUGAUUGCGCAGCUGCGUUCUUUGGGGAUCGAGGAUGAUGUUGCCUUGCUGACUAUUUGGAUGAAUUGCUUUUGUCGGUUAAAGCGGGUUGAUUUGGGUUUGUCUGUCCUGGGUAGGAUCUUGAAGCUUGGGUUUCACUUCAAUGUGGUGGCAUCCAACACCCUUAUUGAUGGUCUCUUUAUUCAGGGCAAAACUGAUCAAGCACUGAGGUUCCUCGAUGAUAUGGGGCGAAAAGGCCCCGAACCUAAUGAGACCACGUAUGCGAUAAUCGCAAAGGGGUUAUGCAGGGCGGGUAGAACCAGACAGGCGAUGGAAUUGCUGAGGGACUGGGAAGAGAGAAGCUGCGGGCUUCAUUCCUUCACAUACAACAUACUAAUUGAUAGUCUUUGCAAGGAGGGAUUGAUCACAGAGGCGUUGCGACUCCACGGCAGUAUGAGUAAGAAAGGUAUCCGACCAGAUGUUGUUACUUUUAACUCCUUGAUCCGUGGUCUGUGCACUGAAGGCCAGAUGCAAGAUGCUCUCGUAUUGUUGAAAGAGAUGACAAGCAGAGGCAUCCAACCCGACAUGUUCACUUAUAGCUCGUUGAUUCAUUGCUUAUGCAACCUAGGCCAAUGGAAAGAUGCUACGGUCUUGUUGGAGAAGAUGAUGAGGGCAGGAAUAGAACCGAACAUUGUUACUUAUACCUCUGUCAUUCAAGGAGUAUGCAAUUCCGGCCCAUUGGAAGAGGCCCGACGACUGCUGAGUCAUAUGGUGCAAAGCAGAGUGAUGCCGAAUGUUCAUACCUUCACUGUUCUGGUGGAUGCACAUUGUAAAGAAGGAAUGCUUGUAGAGGCUGAGGCUAUAGUCGACCAGAUGAUUCAAUUAGGUAAAAUGCCUGAUAGUUUCACUUAUAAUACAUUGAUGAACGGCUAUUGUCUGCAAAAUCGAAUGAAUGAUGCUAUGGAAGUGCUUAAUUUGAUGGUUGAAAGAGGCUGCCCACCUGAUGUUGUUAGUUAUAGCACGUUGAUUAACGGAUACUGCAAAGCGAGAAGAGUUGACAAGUCAAAGAUGCUUUUGCAAGAAAUGCUUCAAAGGGGCUUCAAUCCUAAUGUCAUCACGUACAACACUCUUGUAAAGGGAUUUUGCCAGGUUGGGAACCUUGAAGCCGCGGAGGAGCUAAUUAAGGAGAUGCAAUCUCGCGAUCUCUGUCUAGAUCAUUAUACCUUGAAUGCUUUCCUGGAUGGCUUGUGUAAAAUGCUGCAGAUUGACAAGGCCAUGAUAUUGCUUCGAAAGAUGGAAGAUUCCAAAUUCGUCCCAAAUAUUGUGACUUACAAUAUUCUAAUAAAUGGCAUGUGUAAUGCCGGAAAGCUCGACGAUGCAAAAGAGUUGUUUGAUUGUUUGCAUGCUCGACGCUUGCAACCUGACGUGUGGAUGCAUAAUAUUUUCGUGCAUGGAUUGUGCAAAGGAGGACGCAAAGAGGAAGCGUAUCAGCUGCUAAAGGAGAUGGAAGGAAAUGGAUGCUUUCCAGAUGAUGUCACUUAUAGCACAAUCAUCCAAAGACUGCUAAGAAAUAACAAAAAUACGAGAGCAGCGCAACUUGUCGGUGAAAUGGUUGAAAGGGGUUUUUCUGCAGAUGUAUCGACGAUGGAGUUGUGGGUUAAAUAUAUCAUGACAAAUGGAACUUCUUCCUUUUCUAUUUGAACUCUCCAUUGUCUCUGAGAUGUGUUCACAUUUUCAGCUGAAAUGUGAUGAAGAGUAAACCAGAUCAACGGCAAGUUUUCUUCCACACAUCAUCUCGUUGAGUCCCAUUUACCAUUAAAGAAGUAGUUUUCGGUCUGGGAGAUUUUAUCACUAGCUUCACAUAAGGCUUUUGGAGGGGCAGCAGGUGGAUUUUGUUUCUCGUAUACCUAGGUUCUGUAAGGGAUCUCUGUAUUUAACUGGUACAUGUACUCAUCAGUUAGAGCUUCUUGUGUCUAAUAUUAAUCAAACUGGUGAAAUUUGUAAAAAUGAUCAAGCAGUGUGAGGAUGCUCUUGAAUUAAAUAGAUGUUAAUUGCAAAAACUUUACUAUGUACUAGAGUUAUGCAAUUCAGUCAUUGGGCAGAAACAGCAUGGAACUCUUCCUGAAAAUGGAACUAAAGAAAUUUCUUUUUUUUGGGGGCGGUCCUGACACAAUCUGAUCCUCGUGCUUUGAGAGAGAGAGACUAGUUUUCUUUUACACUCUUUUCCUAACACAAUCUGAUCCCUUCAAUGUCCUAUUUAUCAUAGUUACUUAAAAGAAGAUGCAGACGUGGAAGUGGAUGAUAUUUGAUGAUAGUGAUGGGCACUUUAAAUCAAUAGCGGAGAAUAUUUGUGUCAAGCUGGGUACUCAAAUUAUCAAAUAUCUUUUCCUCUGCACUGCAAGGGAUUUUCCGAAAAGCAGCUGCUGAUGGGUGAAAAUGGCUGCCAUUGACAGACCAUUCCAAUGCCGAACCCCGUAGACAUCUGGAGCAACACCAAUCAACUUGAUCACAGGCCCAGCUGAUGUAACUUUCCAUUGUCUUUUCUGUUGAAUCGAAUUACUUUCCUGAUGAAUAGGGUUGGCUCUCAAUGGAGGAACAUUCCAUGCCAUUUUUAUCUGUUUUAAAACUGACUCAGGAACACAUUUUAUUCUGUUUUUGCGUGUUUCACUUAGACAGCAGGAUUGGCCUGGACAGUCUGCCUCUCGUCACACCCUCUACUCUUUCUUUCCUGACACAGUCAUAGUAAGGUGCAAGUGUUUUGGAGACCGGCCUUAUGUUGAUGGCAAAGGAGGACACAAUAUUCCUCUGCCAGAUGCACUUUGGAGGCAAACUUGAUGAUGGCAUUUGAUCGUUUUAAGUGUAUGUGAUGCUUGAUUCUCUGCUCUAAAGUAAUUCUAAAUUUGCAAUACUUGGCUAUGAUUCAUAGGGAAUUCGUAUACUUGAAGAAGGCAUUGGUCAUUGUCUAUACCAACCUUGAAAUUUUGAGGAAUAUUUCUGUUUGUUA